AUGCCCGAGACCGCGUCGACCGCCAACGUGCUGCCCAAGUCGGACCCUGAUGCUAUAAAAACUGAACAAGACGCGCUCGAGGGGCAUGAAAAUGGGGUAGACGCGUUGCAAGGAACAAUGGAUAGUCAUGAUGAAACGAAUGGGGAUGCGCCCGCCACCGAGAAUCAUCAUGAGCCCAACGGUUAUAUCCAUGACGACGAACGACCAGCAAAGAGAAGACGUACACGAGACUCGACACCCCCUCAAAGCACACCAAAAAAGAUGAAGCCCGUAUCGCCACCAUGGAAGAAGAUAUCUGCCGACGGCCCAACGUCUUAUACCGAGAAUGGCCGUCGCAAAUCUGGCCGCAUCAACACCCUUCUACCAGAACCUAGCCCUUCAAGCAAAAACCGAACAUCAAGAAGAUCUACCGGCGCGAAUUCGACUCCCAAGACCAAGGCUGAAAUCCAGUUGACUAAUGGCAACUCAAGAAAAAUGCCCAACGGCUCUCACAAGGCGAGCCCCGCCACUAAAACUCCAUCGAAGCAAGCACCCGCAUCAACACCAAAAUCUGCAUCAAAAAAGCCUGCAGAAACCCGAACAUCUUCCCGCUCUACCCGUCGACGAAGUCCCUCUCCUCCGCCCCCUCCCCAAAACUCGACCAGAUCCCGUCGAUCGGCACGAUUUAGCGAUGCAGUCAUCAAAGAGGAACCAGAACAAGAUACACGAACCGCACCUUCGAAUUCUACCCAUCGAUCACCUCGGAUAAAACUACGAGUCGGACGAUCUGGCCAUAUUCCUCUUGUGCAUCCUGAUCAGGUUCGCAAAAGGCCAAAGAUUGGAACAAACUUUGAGGACUUUUGGACUCGGGCUGGCGAUAUUCCUGUUGAGGAGGGUGGACUCCAAGCAUCUGAAGAUGGUCCUCAGUACACUGAUGAAUUGGCCGAGCGAGAUGCUCGUGUAAUCCUUCGAGUUGAAAAGGAAGUUGAAGAUGGCGGAAUGCUCUCCCAGGGUCGAUGCUCCAUCUUUCUCCCAGAACCGCAAGAAGAGCCUCCCAGACAAUGGGCUCGUCAGGAUCACAUGGUGAAAGCUAUGGCCAACUUUCGAAAGCUCAUGCUAGCGGAACAACAACGUCACCGAUUUGCAGCAAAGAAAAUAGCCGAAGCCUGUCGUGACGAAUGGCUACGACGUCAACCAAAGUCGGAGGAAGAGAUUGAGGCCGAGCAAAGGGCAAUUUGGAUAUCCCGAUACCGUGUUGUUGUCAAGACAUUGUUUGGCACAUGGGAGAAUGUCCGUAACGAAGUCAAUCGUCGAAGACUAGCCGAGUGGGAGCAAGAGGAGCAAAAGAGAGUCAAAGCAGCAUUAAACGAAGCCGUCAACCUCUCGGAACAAAAACUACAAGCUCGUCAGGCAGGACUAGAUUCUGAACAGCUUUCAGAAGAGGAAGACGGAUUCGAUGAUCUCAGCGACGACAUGAGCAUGAACGACGACGACGAACUUGGUCUAGCAUCGGGGGAGGAUGAAGACAACGAGGAGGACGAUGCCGAUAGUGAUAUAAUGUCAUCAGACGAGGAGGAAGGUGAUGAUGAAGGAGACCAGAAGGAUAUUGGCGACGAAAACUUGACGCAAGAACAGCUACGAGCGAAAUACGCCCACAUACCAGAGCUGGAGAAGUCAACCGAAACCCCAGUGACCGAACCCACUCCCGAAGACACUGAUGCUGUCGAUACGGCUCAAGCAACUGCUACCGAGAAUGCCGAGACGAGCGACGAAUCUGUAGACAUGGAUGAUGAUAUGGGGUCUACCGAUAUGGACAGUAGCGAGGAGGAGGAAGAGUCAGAAGAGGAGUCGGACGAAGAUGCCGGUGGUCUCUUAGGACUUCUUUUCGGAAAGUCUGAAUUGAAAAAGAUGAACAGUGAGGCUGUUGCGGAAACUACGGUCGAGUCAAAGGAAGAUUCCGAGAUGCCCGACGAGGAAGCAGUUUCAGAUGUCGAUGGUGAAGGUGCCGAAGAGAACGAAAUGUCUUUGAUCCAAAUGCCCGAUUCAGAGGUUCAUAACGAAUCGGGGGCAGGAUUGGAGAAGUCGGCGAAUGAGGCAAUCGACGAGGAAAAUGAACAGUUAGCGGAAGCCACCCGGGAUGUCGCACCUGAUCUAGCGGGACAGCAUGGAUUGUCAAACACAGACCAAACUCCUACGGAAUCUGCCAAAGAUAAAGAAGUUGUCAUGACUGGUACUGACGAACCAUCUCUGGCACUAACAGAAAAACCUCAUAGCCCAGCGACUGAACCAGCUACCAACCCACCUAGUCGUGCACAUAGCACAUCACCACCCGCCACAUCAGAAACCAAGCCUUCUGAGCCUGACACUGCAUCUUCUGGAGAGAUGGCUAUCGACAAGCAUGACACAAGCCGAUCUCCUUCACCCCAACUGCCCAACCACAAAAUCGACGUACCUUUCCUUCUCAGAGGAACGUUGCGAGAGUACCAACGUGACGGUCUUGACUGGUUGGCAGGCCUAUACGCCAAUAGCACCAACGGUAUCCUUGCUGAUGAAAUGGGUCUGGGUAAGACGAUCCAAACCAUUGCCCUUCUUGCCCAUCUGGCAUGCACUCAUGAAGUUUGGGGACCACAUCUCGUGGUUGUCCCUACCAGUGUGAUGUUGAAUUGGGAGAUGGAGUUCAAGAAAUGGUGUCCUGGCUUCAAGAUCUUGGCAUACUACGGCUCUCAAGAAGAACGUAAGCGAAAACGACAAGGUUGGAACAAUGACGACGUAUGGAAUGUCUGCAUUACUUCGUACCAGCUUGUUCUUCAGGACCAACAAGUGUUUAAACGUCGACGCUGGCAUUACAUGAUUUUGGAUGAAGCCCACAACAUCAAGAAUUUUAAAUCUCAAAGAUGGCAGACUCUUUUGGGUUUCAACACACAAGCCAGGCUUCUACUGACUGGUACACCUCUUCAGAAUAAUCUCACAGAGCUUUGGUCACUGCUCUUCUUUCUCAUGCCGGCUGAGAAUGGCGUUGGAGGGUUUGCUGAUUUGCAAGAGUUCCAUGAUUGGUUUGCCAAACCAGAAUCGCAGAUUUUGGAGAGUGGGCGAGAACAGAUGGACGAUGAAGCGAGAGCAAUCAUCUCAAAACUCCACAAGGUCCUACGACCUUAUCUGCUGAGACGUCUAAAAGCAGAUGUCGAGAAACAGAUGCCAGCCAAAUAUGAGCAUGUCGAGUUUUGUCGUCUCUCGAAGCGACAACGCGAGCUCUACGAUGGAUUCCUUUCUCGAUCAGACACCAAGGAGACAUUGAACUCUGGCAAUUAUCUGUCCAUCAUCAAUUGCCUGAUGCAACUCCGAAAGGUCUGCAAUCAUCCUGAUCUCUUUGUUGAUCGACCCAUCAUGACUUCCUUCCGUAUGCAAAAGUCUGUCGUCUCAGAUUUUGAAGUGACGGAGCAGAGGGUACAGAGGCUGCUUCAUGACCCCAGUCCAAUGAAAGACGUUAGCUUGGGAUUCCUAAAUUUGAUGCCUACGCAAUGCGAAAGUCUUUCAACUACGCAAGCUGAACGCAUUUCUCAAUUGAGCUCACAUAGGAUAUUGAUGGAUCUGAGAGAGGCUCAAAAGGUUCGGGCCCAGAGUGCGCACGCCAAUUUGGACCCUUCUACGGUCGCAUCAAAUAUUGGGUACUUGGAAAGUGGUGCCAGAUGGGGACGGUACGAAGAGCUUCAACAUUGUGUCUACCUCAAUGCUUUGCGCCGUCAGAAGAAGCCAAUCUAUGGCAAGAACUUGAUUGAGUUAUUGACUAUUGGUACUGACAAGCGACCCUACAAGCCGAGGCCAAAAAUCCCUCGUCAAGUCAUGGCGUGGUUUGAAGAGGAAUCGACGCUCAUCCAAUCCAUGAUACCUACGGUGAACCAACGCGCUGAUAGCUUCAAAACCACCAUUGAGAAGUUUUCGUGUGUCACCCCAGCAGUUGUGACCAGAGACAUGGAGCAAUUCGUUCUCGGUCGCAAGGGUAUUGAAGCUUUCACUGACGAAGAUCUCAAACUAUCGGCGCCAGUCCGCUGGGCACCAUUUCUACCCAAAGAAGCACCCCCAGAUCCUUGGCACGAGGGCCGCAUGCGACUCAGCAUUCAAUUCCCCGACAAACGACUGUUGCAAUACGACUGUGGAAAGCUUCAGAUCUUGGACAAACUGUUGCGAAAACUUCAAGCUGGCGGCCAUCGUGCUCUCAUUUUCACUCAGAUGACAAAGGUUCUAGACAUUUUGGAGCAGUUUUUGAACAUCCACGGUCACAAGUACCUCCGUUUGGAUGGUGCCACCAAGGUAGAGCAACGUCAAAUUCUCACUGACCGAUUCAACAACGACCCGCGAAUUCUUUGCUUCAUCUUGUCGACGCGAUCGGGUGGUCUUGGUAUUAAUCUCACGGGUGCCGAUACUGUCAUCUUCUAUGAUCAAGACUGGAACCCUGCGAUGGACAAGCAAUGUCAGGAUCGAUGCCAUCGUAUUGGACAAACGCGCGAUGUGCACAUUUACCGACUGGUCAGCGAACACACAAUCGAGGCCAAUAUUCUCCGCAAAGCAUCGCAAAAGCAAAUGCUCGAUGACGUGGUCAUUCAAGAAGGAGAGUUUACUACAGAUUACUUCAAUAAGCUUUCCGUCAGAGAUGUUCUCAGCGAGAAACUGGAUUCAAAGAGUGAAGGCUUGGAUGCCGCCGAUGCUGCCUUGGAUAGAGUGCUAGGCGGGCCCGAUACCAGUAACGACCAGCGAAGAGUUGGCCGGGCGCUUGAGCAAGCAGAAGAUAGAGAGGAUGUGGCAGCUGCACGUGUCGCAGAGAAAGAGAUCCAGGCUGACGAUGCCGAUUUCACUGAGAAACCCAGUAAUAAUGCUUCAGGUACCUCGACAGCGCGACAAGGAACGCCAGCUAGCAAGUCAGUUUUGGAUGGCGGGCUCGAUGAGAUCGACACUCCCCAAGUGGAAAAAGUUUUGGAGCACAACGCAUGGGGCGACAAGAUGCAUACUAUUGACGACUACAUGCUUGGUAUUAUGGCCGAGCAACUCAAGGAUACUAAGCUCGAGCUCCCGAAGGACAAGAAGAAGGGAAAGAAGAAGAAAGGCAAAGACACACGCAAACGAUAA